AUGACGCCAGCGGAGGCGGAGCAGGCAGCGGCGGCAGAGGGCUGCACCGCGACGGCGGAGGAGGGAGCGCUGCUUUACGCGCGCGAGCUGGGAACGGAGGCGUCAGCAGCAGCGGCGGCAGCGGCGGCGGCCGAGUCUAUGACGGCGGCGGAGGCGGAGCAGGCAGCGACGGCAGAGGGCUUGACACUGGUGCGCUCGUCGCGCUCCAGCACCGGGUUCGAAGGCGUGUGCGCAAAAUCGAAGGGCAGAGGCUUUAAUGUGACGCGCAAGCUUGAUGGUAGAACGCAGCACAUUGGCUGCACCGCGACGGCGGAGGAGGGAGCGCUGCUGUACGCGCGCAAGCUGGGAGCGGAGGCGUCAGCAGCAGCGGCGGCAGCGGCGGCAGCGGCGGCAGCGGCGGCAGCGGCGGCGGCCGAGUCUAUGACGGCGGCGGAGGCGGAGCAGGCAGCGACGGCAGAGGGCUUGACACUGGUGCGCUCGUCGCGCUCCAGAAGCGGGUUCGAAGGCGUGUGCGCACACUCGAAAGGCAACGGCUUUGCGGUGAGCCGCAAGGUUGAUGGGAGAAAGCAGCAUAUUGGCUGCACCGCGACGGCGGAGGAGGGUGCGCUGCUUUACGCGCGCAAGCUGGGAACGGAGGCGUCCGCAGCAGCGGCGGCAGCGGCGGCGGCCGAGUCUAUGACGGCGGCGGAGGCGGAGCAGGCAGCGACGGCAGAGGGCUUGACACUGGUGCGCUCGUCGCGCUCCAGCACCGGGUUCGAAGGCGUGUACGCAACGUCGAAGGGGAGAGGCUUUAAGGUGAAGCGCAGGGUUGAUGGUAGAACGCAGUACGUUGGCUGCACCGCGACGGCGGAGGAGGGAGCGCUGCUGUACGCGCGCAAGCUGGGAACGGAGGCGUCCGCAGCAGCGGCGGCAGGGGCGGCGGCCGAGCCUAUGACGGCGGCGGAGGCGGAGCAGGCAGCGACGGCAGAGGGCUUGACACUGGUGCGCUCGUCGCGCGCCAGCACCGGGUUCGAAGGCGUGUGCGCAAAAUCGAAACGCAUCGGCUUUGCGGUGAGCCGCAGGGUUGAUGGUAGAAUGCAGCAUAUUGGCUCCACCGCGACGGCGGAGGAGGGAGCGCUGCUGUACGCGCGCGAGCUGGGAACGGAGGCGUCCGCAGCAGCGGCGGCAGCGGCGGCAGCGGCGGCAGCGGCGGCAGCGGCGGCAGCGGCGGCAGCGGCGGCAGGGGCGGCGGAGGCGGAGCAGGCAGCGGCGGCAGAGGGUUUGACACUGGUGCGCUCGUCGCGCGCCAGCACCGGGUUCGAAGGCGUGUACGCAAACUCGAAUGGCAACGGCUUUGCGGUGAGCCGCAGGGUUGAUGGGAGAAAGCAGCAUAUUGGCUGCACCGCGACGGCGCAGGAGGGUGCGCUGCUGUACGCGCGCCAUUUUGGCGCGGAGGCAUCGGCUGCGACCGAUGCAGCGGAGGACGAGUACGCGGGACGCCAGGCGGUCGAGAUGUCGAAUGCAGCCGUAGAAGGGAGUAGAGAGGCACAACCAGCGACGGCGUCAAGGACGCGGCCCAGGCACAAGCUCAUCCACGGACGGCGCGUGCAGCGGCUGAUGGGUCUGCCCGCCGAGAUACACGCCCUCGUGCUCGAGCACCUCGCAGCCAGCGCACCGCCGGCCAGCUUCGUGGCGUGCGCCGCCGCCUGCGCUGCGCUCUUGGAGGUGUACAUGCGGCACCGCGCUCAGCUCUGGUGCUCUGCGCUCAGCCGCCGGGUUCGCCUCCAGGGUGCCCUGCCCGGUGUUCAGCGCGACUGGCAGGCACUCUACCGCGCAUUACUCGGCGGGCGCGACGGGCUCGAGGCCAAGGGGUGGGCGGACGACAACAAGCUCGACAAUGCGGACGAGAUGCGCCACGCGUGGUGGCAGGCCGACGCGCUGGCGUUCAGCGCCGCCAACGGGCUGGUGCUCGUGCGCUAUCGCGGGUACGAGGACGAGGGUGAAGACGAGUGGAGGCCACUCACGCAGCUGCGCCCUUACGAGGAGCGGCCCUCCGCAUUGUGGCGCUCGACGAAGCGGACCAAGGGUGAGGCGGUGGAGGUGGCAUGGGCGCCGCCAGGCCACCCCACUGCUAGGUGGGAAGCCAAGGUGAUCGCGGUCCGCGCACGCAAGGCGAAGGUGCGCUUCCUCGGAUUUGACGCGAGCUGGGACACCUGGCUCCCGCAUGACUCGGACGAACUGUUCCCGGCACGGGCGGGGAUUCCCUCCAACCCGUCAACUUAG